AUGCUGUUUUUGCUCAAAUUCAUCAGAAAAAACUUCAAAAUUUUAGUCCUCUCAACUUCAAUUUUAUCCCUCCUCUAUCUUUAUUCCAAUAACAGCAAUUUCGAUAAUACCAGUGGCUUGAUCUUGGAUCACCUUAAUUCAGAUUCAAAUCAAAUCAAUUUAAAUUUUGGGUCAAAUCUUAAUUCAAAUCUUAAUUCUAUUCCUGAUUCUCAUCUUAAUUCUAAAAUCGAUAAUAAUGAUAAUAAUGAUAAUAAUGAUAAUAAUAACAAUAAUAAUAUUCACAAAAAUCACAAAAACCACAACAAUUUUUACAAUUCCCACAACUCACAUCAUUACAAAGAUUCUCAUAAAGAAAAUCAUCUCAAAAUUGAUAAUGAUAUCAAUGAUGAUUAUGACACCACAAUUACCGAAUUAUCAAAAGAAUCCUCUUCCCCAUCCUCUUCUUAUUCACCCUCAAAAAUAUCUCAAUUUCAGCACUUGAAUGACUACACCUAUGUAGCUUAUCUCUCAAUCAUCGAAUCCUAUCUAUACCAUCUAACCAAAAAUGGUCCAAGAUUUCCUCCAGAACUAGACUUUAGCUGGCAAGAUUGGAUAGACAUGUCUCUCUUAAACCCUCUUCUAAAGGAAAAACCAAACUGCAAAAAAUUAUCCUCUUUAGCUUCUCCCAAAAAUUUAGUCAACAAAAGAAUGUCCUGGUUUGCCUGUAUCAACGAUCUCAAUAAAGACAAAAACUCAAUCCAAAAAUCCCCCAAUGAUCCAGAUUUAGGCUUUAAAUUCAACUUCCCAAACAUCUAUGGCGAUUCUCAAUUCAGAUUGUCCAUCAGAGGAAAAUCUUAUUUAUACUCAAUGGCACCACUUCCAAACAAAUUAAUCUUUUUGGGUGGUGAUCUAGCCUUUGUCAUUAAAAUUAAAAACAAAAACUCAAUUCUAAAUAAUGGAAUGAUCGAUAACUACAUUAUAAAAAAAUCAAAAUUAUUAAAUCUAUCAAAAUCUCAAGUACUAAACCUAAAGCUAAACGAAACUGAUGAAUUCCUAAAAAUUUCAACAAUACUCAAUAGACCUUUAAUCGAUAAGAAAAAUAAUCCAAACUUUGAAAAAUUCAACUACAUCAACAUUAACAACUUAUCCUUUACCUUUCCUGAAGACUCUGAAAAAUCACAAUUUGCAGAAAAUGCAAGAAUUUUAAAAAAAAAUUACUUCUUCACUGCAAGAAUUAAAAAAGAUUACGAUAACUAUAUUCCAACAGCUGAUGACUUAAAAAUUAUAAAUGACCAAAAUUACAAUCCCAAAAACGACCCGCACUUUGAUCCAAAUCAAUUUGUUAAUUAUGAUUCCAUAAUCGAAACUCCCUAUGAUUGGAGAUUUUUUAAUCAAGUAUUAAACUCCUAUCAGCAUCGUAUUGCCCUACACAAAGCAAUCCGAACUUUUAGCCAAUUUACAAUCAAUCUCGGCCUAACAACUUGGCUAUCUCAAGAUUCGUUAAUUGGCUGGCAGAGAAAUGGAUUGGUGUCUCCUUGGGAUAAAGUUGUUCAUUUUGAGUUGCCUGCUGAAGAUAUGAUCAGAUUGGCUAAUGUUCUAAACAAUACUAUUGUUAUCGCUGAUCCUCUUGAAGGCCAAGGCCGUUAUUUUCUAGAUAUCUCGCCUCAUUAUAUGGAAAGAGCUCGUUACAACGAUGGUGGUGCUUCUCCCGACUCGCCUGAUGCAAGAUUUAUUGAUAUCAAGACUGGUGUUUACUUGGAACUUAGUGGCGUUGUAAGAAGUUUAACCAACAACUUACCUGAUCUUAUUGAAAAAUCUUUUCCAAAUGAAUCAAAAAAAUACUAUAAUGAAUUAAAAUUAUCUGAAGAGAGAAAAAAUGACUAUCAAGAACAGAACCAAGAUGGCCAGGAUGAUAAUAUACAGUUUUUAAAUACAGGAAUGGGAAAUUUCUAUCAUGUCAACGAAUUAUUGCCCUUACGAAGAACGUUAUUUGAAGGGAAACUAAUCAACAUUCCCUAUGACACUCCCGGUAUUUUGAACCAUCAAUAUAGCGAUAUUGUUCAUCUUGUGGAAUUUAAUGGAUGGUCAUAUAAAGACCAUUUACGUUUGUGGGUCCCAAGUAAGAAGUGUAAAUACAUCCAAAACGAAGACAUUAAAUUAUUUGAAAAUGGAGGAAGCUCUUUUAUGGGUGCCUGUCAUGACAGAAAUAUCUGGAGACAGUACAAUCUAACAAAAGAAAUCACAGAGUUUAAAAGAAAUGAAAACAAAAGCGAUAUUGCACUCAGUUUAAGUAUUGAGGAUGAAUUUCCAAUGAUCUUUCCCGAUUUAUGGGCAGAGAACGACCGAAGGAUUAAAGAAAAUGAAAAGACCAGCUAA